AUGAGUAAGCGAAACCAUCCUGGAUCUUGUAAAAAACGUCUACCAACCCAGAAGUCAAAUUCUAUCAUUCAGCCGCCCGUUAUGGCAGAAUCAGGAGGCGACAUUUUACUGAAAGGCGAUAUCAUUGAUCAUGCAGAAAUGAUGAGGAAGUUAAUUAACAACCCAGAAUACAGUGAUCUUAAAUUCUACAUUGGACCAAACCGAAAAAUAAUUUAUGCCCAUCGCUGUAUUAUGUCAGCCAGAUGUGCUGUUUUUAAAGCUAUGCUUGCAGAGAAAAAUAACUCUGAUGAAAAAGAUGUUCCUUAUGUUCUGCCUGACGUGUCUCCAUCCAUUUUUCUUGCCAUGCUUGAGUUCAUCUAUACAAACUGUGUCACACUUUCUCCAAACACAGCAACAGAUCUUUUAGCCACUGCAUUAGAAUAUGGGCUUGAUGGUCUGAGAGAUCUUUGUGUUGAUUACCUGGUGACAAACUUGUCCGUUAGCAAUGCCUGUGAUGUGAUGCAGUCAGCUGUGACCUACAACCAGAAUGACCUCAAGGAGAAGGCCAUUGUGUUUAUUGAGGACAACACAGCAGAAAUUGUCAAAUCAAAGAGUUUUCAGGAAAUAAAUGAAGAUGCAUUAGUGGCCAUUUUACAGUCUAGCAGACUGACCAUUGAUGAGAUGGAUUUGUACAAGGCAGUGAAGGACUGGUCUUCAGUUAAUUCUGUUGUUAAUCGAAAGAAGAUUCACGAGAUGGCCAGAGAGGCUGUCAAACAUUUACGUCUGUCACUGUUGUCUCCAAAUGAGCUCACAGCAUUGGAGGAAGAAAAUAAGAGUGCUCAUUUCAUUCCAGUGGAAUCAUUUGCCUAUGCUUGGAAGAUGCAUGCUCUCAAAUGUGGUGACAGCGACAAUGUUUUGUCCAGACUACGUCGAGGGACGGUCUCAAGGGACCAUCAUAAAUAUCUCUCAAUGAAGAAUACAGAAUGA